AUGGCCUUGAAAUGCUUGCUCCUCUUGCUCGCCCUUGCCAGCAUAGCGGCUGAUGGAACUGCAGCUCGCGAAAUAAAAGCCCCCAUCGACCGCUACAAGGCAGGCCUGGACUUGGCGGCACGGCUCGAGGCCGUCCAAGCCAGCGGCGGGCUGGUUGAGUGUUGGAAUGCUCUGGUGCAGCUCAAAUCAUGCACCAACGAGAUCAUCCUCUUCUUCCUUAAUGGGGAGACUAGCUUGGGGCUUGGGUGUUGCGGGGCCAUCGACAUCAUCACCCGAAACUGUUGGCCCGCGAUGCUCACUUCGCUCGGUUUUACAGCCGAGGAAGGGAAUAUAUUGCGUGGGUAUUGCGAUGCGGCGGCGGGGGGAGCUCCGAUUGGCUCGCCGACUCCAUCUCUAGUUAUGGAUGUGGCAUAG